GUCACGUGACACGGUUAUAGCGCUCGGUUUCUGGACUGUGAGGUUUAAAAAAUUAUGCUUGAAAUGCCAACAUUGUUUUCUUUAUCGAUUGAGGAUCGCCAACGGACGCCCCGCGGCCAUUUGGAAAUACUUUUUUGUCGACGGAGCAGAAAGAAUUCUCGACUGAAAAUCCCAGCGCUCGGGUUAAACGUCACGUGACCAACCCGCGACUGGCUGCUUGGUAAAGAUGGCGGAAGGUGGUUAGAAAACAGGAGCCAACAGGGUAAUAUCCCGGUUAAGGCAGCGAUUAACGGAACGCCCGUUCACUGAUAUGUGAGUGUUGUUACCAGGCACAAAUGUCUGAAAAAGGUUGAGGAUUUCCCGAGGAUCACAGUAAAAAUGAUGGAUCCUGGACAGGAUUUGCUCCUAGCAGCCCUGAGCGAGAGCGGCAUCUGCCCUAACGACCUGUUUGACUUUGACCCUCAGGAUGCUGCAAUGCCCUCUCCCACCCCACAGUCCAUCUCCAUCAGUGCCCUGGGUGUUGACUCAGGGAUGGAGCCAAUGGCAGUCACAGCUCCACCCAAUCCUACAGGCACAAUCAGGCACAAACCUCAACCCUCAACCACCACAUUUGUCUUAAAUCAACUGAAUCAGUUGCCAUCGCUGGGAACAAUCGUUGUGACCAAGCCCUCAACUGGAGGCACCGCCAGACAUACCAUCACAGUCACCAAGGUAGUCCAUACCACUCCCUCAGCCCUGCGGGGGUCCACUUCCACACUCACGUCCUCCACGGAUCUCCCCUCCGCAGUCUCCACAGUGGUUUCUUCCAGUCUAGAGCAGAUCCAGCUGAAGGACCUGUUGAGGACAGGCGGUCUGAAGGGCAGCACCAUGAAGGGUAGUAGUCUGGUGGAACUCAUGAGGCUCAAGCCGCCUCACGACAUCGCCCAGCCGGUCGCCACAGCAAUAGCCACAGGCACCACGGAACUGAACAACGGGAUAAAGGAGGUGUCGGGUAAAGACUCCGCUCGGGUCUGGGUGAAUGACGACGUGAAAGUGCGGAGCUUCUCACCUACACUAAAACUCCCAGGAAUGGAGGAGGAGGCUGAGGAAGAGGAGGAUGAAGAGUUGGGUCAUGCUGAGACAUACGCCGAGUACAUGCCCAUGAAAUUGCGGAUCGGGCUGCGUCACCCAGACCCGGUUGUGGAGACAAGCUCCCUGUCCAGUGUGAAUCCUCCCAACGUGUGGUACAGAAUGUCCAUACCGGAGGAGACCAUCGACCGUGGCUGGCUGUCUGCUCUACAGCUGGAGGCCAUCACAUACGCUUCCCAGCAACAUGAAACAUUCCUCCCUAACGGCGACCGAGCGUCCUAUCUGAUAGGAGACGGGGCCGGAGUGGGGAAGGGCCGGACCAUCGCUGGGAUAAUCUACGAGAACUACCUCCUGGGCAGAAAGAGAUCACUCUGGUUCAGUGUUUCUAAUGACCUGAAGUAUGAUGCAGAGAGGGAUCUGAAAGACAUAGGAGCCAAGAACAUUCCAGUCUAUUCCCUCAACAAGUUUAAGUAUGGUAAGAUCUCGUCCAAACACAACGGCAGUGUGAAGAAGGGGGUGAUCUUCGCUACGUACUCCUCUCUGAUAGGAGAGAGCCAGUCUGGAGGGAAGUACAAGACCCGCUUCAAACAGCUGCUCCACUGGUGUGGACAGGUCUUCGACGGAGUCAUUGUUUAUGACGAGUGUCACAAAGCAAAAAAUGUCUGUCCCAUCGGCUCUUCCAAACCCACCAAGACUGGACUGGCCGUCCUGGAGCUGCAAAACAAACUGCCCAAGGCGCGGGUGGUGUACGCUAGCGCCACUGGUGCGUCUGAGCCCCGUAACAUGGCCUACAUGAGCCGGCUGGGCAUAUGGGGGGAGGGGACCCCCUUCAGAGAGUUUAGCAACUUCAUUCAGGCUGUGGAGCGCCGAGGUGUGGGUGCUAUGGAGAUAGUUGCCAUGGAUAUGAAGCUGAGGGGGAUGUACAUCGCCAGGCAGCUGAGCUUCACAGGUGUCACGUUCAAGAUUGAGCAGGUUCCUUUGACAACCCACUACAUCAAGAUGUACAACAAGUCUGUACACCUGUGGGUGGCUGCGCGGGAGAAGUUUCAGGCGGCUGCUAACCUGAUGGAUGCAGAGCAGCGGAUGAAGAAGUCCAUGUGGGGUCAGUUCUGGUCGGCCCACCAGAGGUUCUUCAAGUACCUCUGCAUUGCGUCCAAGGUCCGCAGGGUGGUGCAGCUCGCCAGGGAGGAGGUCAAAAACGGAAAGUGUGUUGUGAUUGGUCUCCAGUCGACAGGAGAGGCCAGAACACUGGAGGCCCUGGAGGAAGGAGGAGGAGAGCUCAACGACUUUGUCUCCACCGCCAAAGGUGUGCUCCAGUCCCUGGUAGAGAAGCACUUCCCAGCUCCAGACAGAGAAAAGCUGUUCAGCCUGCUGGGCAUUGACCUGCCGGCCAUGAAGAUCCCCUUCCCCAGCGAGGCUGCAGCAGAGCAGAAGGGAAAGAAGAGGAAAGGUGCCAACAUAAAGAAGGCAGAGAAGAGGAAGAGAAAAUCAGGUGGUCUGUCGGGGAACAGCUCUGAUGACAGCAAAUCUGAAGAGUCUCAUAAGGACGAUGCGGAGAGUGACGACAGCUUCAAAUCGGUCAGCUCGGGAGAAGAUGACGAAGACGACUUCAAUCCCUUCAAGGAUGAUUCCAGCGAGGAUGAGGAGGAUGACCCCUGGCUGUCUGGAAAGAGGAAAGGGGUGAAGAAAUGCAAGGAGAAGAAGAAGAAGAGCAUUGACCCAGACUCUAUCCACAGUGCCUUGUUAGCUUCUGGUCUGGGCUCCAUCAGGCCUGCUUUCACCACCCCCCCAGUCAAGACCUCCAGCACACCUGCCAUAGCCAAGGUAGAGGUAGAUGACAGCUGUAUGACCAGUCAGGAUGCUGUGGAAGAUGCUCAGCAGAUGAAGAGAGAUCUGUUGGACCAGCUAGAUAAGCUGGCUCAGGAUCUACCUCCCAACACUCUGGAUGAACUCAUAGAUGAGCUGGGAGGACCCGACAACGUGGCUGAGAUGACUGGGCGUAAAGGCCGGGUGGUCAGUAACGACGAUGGCAGCAUCUCCUACGAGUCUCGAUCUGAGCUGGAUGUUCCUGUGGAGAUCCUCAACCUCACAGAGAAACAGAGGUUCAUGGACGGAGAGAAGAACAUAGCCAUCAUCUCGGAAGCGGCCAGCUCGGGCAUCUCCUUACAGGCUGACCGGCGAGUAAAGAACCAGAGGAGGAGGGUUCACAUGACCCUGGAGCUGCCCUGGAGUGCAGACAGAGCCAUACAGCAGUUUGGGAGGACCCAUAGGUCUAACCAGGUGACUGCUCCUGAGUAUGUGUUCCUCAUCUCUGAGCUGGCUGGGGAACAGAGGUUUGCCUCCAUUGUGGCCAAGAGACUGGAGAGCCUGGGUGCCCUCACCCAUGGAGACAGAAGAGCAACAGAGACAAGAGAUCUCAGCAGGUUUAACUUCGACAACAAAUAUGGCAGAAAUGCUCUGGAGAUUGUGAUGAAGUCCAUCGUUAACCUGGACUUUCCGUUAGUGAAUCCUCCAUCGAACUUCGAAGGGGAUUUCUACAAAGAGAUCCUUCAUGGGUUGAUCGGAGUGGGUCUGAUCCAUGUGGAGGACAGAUCAGGGAUCCUGUCUCUGGACAAAGACUACAACAACAUAGGGAAGUUCCUGAACCGUAUCCUGGGGAUGGCGGUGCAGGAGCAGAACGCUCUGUUCCAGUACUUUUCUGACACGCUGGCAGCCGUCAUACAGAAUGCCAAGAAGAAUGGACGCUACGACAUGGGCAUUCUGGACCUAGGUUCUGGGGAUGAGAAGGUGAAGAAGAUGGAAGCCAAAAAGUUCCUGACUCCAGGCUACUCCACCUCCGGACAUGUGGAGCUCUACACGGUGAGUGUGGAGAGAGGCAUGUCCUGGGAGGAUGCUACCCAUGCCUGGGCUGAGCAGAGUGGACCCGACGAUGGCUUCUAUGUACAGAUGAGGAACAACAAGAAGACUGCUAUCUUGGUGAAGGAGGUGAACAGUAAGAAGAGGCUGUUCCUGGUCUACAGACCCAACACAGGCAAACAGCUGAAACUGGAGGCCUAUGCUGACAUCAAGAAGAAGUGUAAAAAGGUGCUGUCAGAUGAUGCCAAGCAGCACUGGAUGGACCAGUACCAGUCUUCAGCUGAGAUCUGCUCUCAUGCUUACUGGCGUGGUAACUGUAAGAAGGUGUCGGUGGGUCUGCAGUGUGAGGUGGGUCUGCGCUGCAGGACAUACUACGUGCUGUGUGGAUCUGUGCUCAGUGUGUGGACCAAGGUGGAGGGAGUCCUGGCCUCCGUCAGCGGAACCAACAUCAAGAUGCAGAUCGUCCGUCUCAGGACGGAGGACGGGCAGAGGAUUGUGGGCCUGAUCAUUCCAAUUAACUGCGUCUCUCCUCUGACCAACAUCCUGUCGUCGUCUGACCAGUCUCAGCAACUGGCCGUUCAGCAGCAGCAGAAGUGGCAGCAGCUGCACCCUCAGAGCCUCAGCCACAUGCAUAACAUGGGUUCACCACCCAGUCUGACCUGAUGGGCUUCGACACCCAUUUUCUCCUCCACACCCUGGGUUCUCGACCCAACCUGAUGGGAUACGACAACAUUUCCAUCUGAAUCUCUACCGUGACACUACCCACCACCUCUUCUCCUCCCUCUCCGUUCCUCCUAAGGUGCUGAGUUGUGGUUUUCCCUGAAGCUAAACCACGGUGGCUAAGUUAAGAUUUCAGGGUUUAUGUCCAAAGAGGACAUAGACACAAAGACUGUCUCCCUUUUGACAUCCAGAGGAGUUGGCUUGACGAAUAAUAUUCCUCUGAGAUUCAGAGCUGAGGAUUUAGAAGAGGCUGCGGUGAUGAAGGGGGGGGAAGAGUAGAGGACGCAUGGAGAAGUGGCAUUAUUAAAAAUGCCAGACUGUUUUUCCUGUUGCACCCCUCUCCCUCAGCUCUAUGUAAACCAUGGGGUGUGCCUUCUCUACUGACGGAUGGGGGAUGUCACCCAGGUUUUUGUUUUCUACAGGUGACUGGACAGUGCUCAGACAGUGCUCAGGUGUUCGUUAAGCUACACAGUGAUUUUUUUUUUUUUUAAACAGGUGUUUUACAAAAUGUCUACCUGAGAUGCAUGACCACACACCAACUGCUUGCUUUCUUAAUUUUAGAUUUUACUCUAUCACGACUCAAGUCUCAGGCAUGAUGACGACAACUCUCACCAUAACUACAUUUAAAAUGGCACCCUAUUCCAUAGGUAGUGCACUACUUUUGUUCACCAUCGAGAGUAGGGUGCAAUUUCUGAAACAAUCCUUGUUUCUAUCAAACAUUGGUGUAUCCUUUCUACCUACAGAAUUGUUUACAGCUUGACUAUCAAGAAUUGUGAUUGUGCAUGGUUUAAAAUAACUUCAUUUUCCUGCAUUUAUUCCUCUGCAUUCAAAAGAUGUUCAGAACGGGUUGUUUGAUAUGUGGCAUCAGAUUCGAUAUCUUGUACUAUCAAACUACAGCAGAUACACUCCUGGAGUGUUAUUAUACAACUGCACGUGAACCGACAGAUCUUGUUUGUCAAUACAAGCUGUCUAAUAACACUACAUUAAAAGCUGGUAUUCAAGAUAGUUUGUUGUUGAAUUCAAAACGGAUCCCUUUUACCUCAUGUAGGUGUGUAAAUCUGAAAGGAUUGGAUCUGUGGUAAAGAUUGCACCUUGGAGGCAAAGGUGGUAUCAUUUAGCAUAUUCACUGGUAUCUAUUUGAUCCUUUAGGUCACAUGUCAAACUCUUUGCACAGAGGGCAGAGUGUCUGCGUGUUUUCUCUCCCUUGUACUUGAUUGAUUAAUUAAGGUCACUAAUUAGCAAGUACACUCCCUUACCUGGUUGUCUGUCUUAAUUAAAGGAAAAACCAGCAGACACUACUGCCCUAGGCCCUCCAUGGAAUGAGUUUGACACUACUGCCCUAGGCCCUUCAUGGAAUGAGUUUGACACUACUGUCCUAGGUACUUCAUGGAAUGAGUUUGACACUACUGCCCUAGGCCCUUCAUGGAAUGAGUUUGACACUACUGUCCUAGGUACUUCAUGGAAUGAGUUUGACACUACUGCCCUGGGCCCUUCAUGGAAUGAGUUUGACACUACUGCCCUGGGCCCUUCAUGGAAUGAGUUUGACACUACUGUCCUAGGCCCUUCAUGGAAUGAGUUUGACACUACUGUCCUAGGUACUUCAUGGAAUGAGUUUGACACUACUGCCCUAGGUACUUCAUGGAAUGAGUUUGACACUACUGUCCUAGGACCUUCAUGGAAUGAGUUUGACACUACUGUCCGAGGCCCUUCAUGGAAUGAGUUUGACACUACUGCCCUAGGCCCUUCAUGGAAUGAGUUUGACACUACUGCCCUAGGUACUUCAUGGAAUGAGUUUGACACUACUGCCCUAGGCCCUUCAUGGAAUGAGUUUGACACUACUGCCCUAGGUACUUCAUGGAAUGAGUUUGACACUACUGCCCUAUGUACUUCAUGGAAUGAGUUUGACACUACUGUCCUAGGACCUUCAUGGAAUGAGUUUGACACUACUGCCCUAGGUACUUCAUGGAAUGAGUUUGACACUACUGCCCUAGGCACGUCAUGGAUAUCUAAAACAGGUGUUUCAAACUCAUUCCAUGGAGGUCCUUGUAGUGUCUGCUGGUUUUUCCUUUUAAUUAAGACUUAGACAACCAGGAGAGGGGAGUUUCUUACUAAUUAGUUACCUUAAUUCAUCAAGUACAAGGUAGGAGCAAAAACACGCAGACAUUCGACCCUCUGUGGAAUGAGUUUGUUGUGUGACUCAGGAUUCUUGGGAUUGGGCACUUGUUCCCUCACUGAUUCUGAACUGGAAUCUAACCUCGAAUCUCUACCAGUCAGCAACAUUGCUGCUUGAUCUCUGGUACUUUUUAUCUGUUUUGUCACUUGAGACAGGAUGUACAGGGGCGGAAGACUUUCUAAAAAUAUUUUUUUUAAAUGAAGUUAUAUAAAAAGCCUGAGUUUAGGAUGUUACUUUGCUAUACCAAUGUGUAUAGUGUCGUUUGGACAUAAGAAAACAGUUUUUUGCUUAAAUAGCCGUUAACACUUGAAGGAUGGUGUAAUUUCAUUUUUGCACGAGUUGCACUACUGACAUGUUCUACAACAAAUCUGUAUUAAAUGAUUUAACUGAGUGCAAGAUUUCUACCUCUUAAUGACUAAUAAAUACCAAGGAUAAAGUUAGAAAACUAUCCGUUUUUAUAUCAUUCCUCAAUGGCAUUUCCUCAAUCCUAUUAAAAAAAAUCUGUAUA